AUGCCGUCAACAAUUAUUGAUGAUGCUGGACGGCUUCAACAGCACUGGUCAAGGCUGGUAGCAGAUGUGACACCGUCCCAUCUGCCGUCCGGCUAUCUCACCAAACAAAGCACGCAGUCGCCCAUCGGCCAGUUGAAUGUUAGCCUCCAACUGCCAUUAAUCCACGCCUGCUGCCAGCAGUGUGAUGUGUCUCCCCUGGGUCUGGUACAGGCCGCCUGGGCGGCUGUCCUCCGCUCUUACUCGGGCUCGGACGAUGUGAUGUUCGCUGGUAUUGGGCUUGAACCCCCUACCACCAAGAAGCAAUGGACCAACACGUCUAUUUUCCGGGGCCGGCUUGAGGCUGAGAAUGUCCUCAUUUCUGCCGCGAGUGAGAUCCGAGAAGAGGGCCUCCUGGAGGCAGACGCCCUCGUCUCUGUGCCCGAGGCUCUCAAGGUCUUCUCGACCCUCGAUCCUAAGCCAUGCAACUCGGCUAUUUGGCUCAGAGAUCCCGCCUCGAAGAGUGAAUUAUGCGAAAGCGAUAUUGUAAAUAGUAAAACGUUCGAUUAUGUCCUACGCCUUGACCCUUCCGUAUCUACACUUAGUUUAAUAUUUUACAAACCCACGGUGUCUCGUGCCCAGGCCGAGUACAUUGCCAGCACCUUUUCCGAUGUCUUGCAACAUGUCUGCGUCGACCCCAACCAGACCGUGGGCAAUCUUUGCCAUCCGAGCGAACUCGAUACCCUCCAGAUCGAGACAUGGAAUCAUGCCCUUCCACGGGGCAGCACCGCCUGUGUCGACCAAUUGAUCGAGGAAGCCGUGCAGCGUUCUCCGGAUGCCCCUGCUUUGCUCUCAUGGGAAGGACAGAUGACGUUUUCCGAAUUCAACCAGACGGCCACUAAGCUGGCCGCCUAUCUGGACCAGGCUGGCGUCCAGCGGGGCCAGUUGGUCCCUAUUUGCUUCGAGAAGACCAUGUGGACCAUCAUCACCAUGAUUGCGCUCUGGAAGGUCGGCGCCGGCUUUGUCCCCCUGGACCCAAAGCACCCUCGCCAACGUAUGGAGACCAUUAUCGAGUCGGUGCAGGCACGUACUGUGAUUGUGUCUGCAACCAACCAAGAACUACUGGCCGGCAGUGUUCCCCAGCUCAUCACACUCGACGCUAAGCUGGCUGGAGAGAUCCUGGCUGGCGAGCCAGUGGACUUCCCAUCACGGUCGCAACCACAUGAUGUCUCUUCGGUGCCUACACGUUUAUUAUCAGCACUUUUGAAAUCUUCACGACCCUCAUCUUUGGGGGUUGUCUCUGUAUCCCGUCCGACCACGACCGUCACACCGACAUUCGCCCUGUCAUCCGGGCCUGGGAUGUUAACUGGGCCAUCUUUCACGCCCAGCUUUGCUCGUUCCGUGCACCACGAGGAUGUCCCGUCGUUGGAAACCCUCAUCGUUGCAGGCGAAGCAGUUGCACAGGACAUCAUCGAUCGGUGGUCUACCAGAGCCCAAUUGAUCAACAUUUAUGGAGCCAGCGAGUGUUCGGUUAUCAUGGUCGGUCCUAUGUCCAAGGAUACUCCUCGGACCUGCAUUGGUCGGGCGACCGGUGGCCUGUCAUGGAUUGUCGAUGCCAACGACCAUGAUCGCCUGGUGCCGAUCGGUGCCAUUGGCGAGCUGGUCAUUGAAGGCCCUACGCUCGCUCGGGGCUAUCUAGCUGACCCCGAGAAGACGGAUGCCGUCUAUAUCAGCGACCCCUUUUGGGCCCGGAAGCCCGGAAUGACGCGUCGGUUCUACAAGACCGGAGACCUUGUCCGGUAUGGUGAUGAUGGCAGGGUACACCUGAUCGGUCGCAAGGAUCUGCAGGUCAAGAUCCGUGGUCAGCGCGUUGAACUGACGGAAAUUGAAGCCCACAUGCGUGCAAUCAAUAAUAACGUGAAGACGGCAGUGGCCAUGGUGCACCCCGGAGGCAAGGCCAUGCUGGCUGCUUUCAUUUCCGCUCAGAGCGGAUUUGGACCCGAGUUUGCCAGCCCAUUCCAUGCAGCACCAGAUAACAAAGCAGAGAUCACUGCCUUGGCGUCUGAGAUGAACAGCCGGCUGGCUGAGAGACUGCCCCCUUACAUGAUCCCGUCCGCAUUCCUUCCUCUGCUGUAUAUGCCCUUGACAGCGUCCGGAAAGACCGAUCGUCGCCUCAUCACCACCUACGGAUCCAGCCUUUCUCCCGCUGAGAUUGCUGCUGUGGCGGGUAGCGGCGCUGCUAGCAGACCCCGAAGACCCUCGACCGCCGCGGAGAUGAAGUUGCAGCAGCUCUGGGCUGAGAUCCUUCAUUGUCCUGCGGAAGAGAUUGGUGCCGAGGACAACUUCUUCCACAUGGGCGGUGACUCGAUCGAAGCCAUGAACCUAACCAGACGUUGCCGCGCGGAGGGCUUCCAGCUCCAGGUCAGCGAUAUUUUGAAAAACCUUGUUCUAAGUGACAUGGCGAAGGUCAUGACACGGGGUGCAUUUGCAGAGGUCACUAUUGGCAAGCCGUUUGAGCUUUUGGGAGACGAUGUCGAGACUAUCCGGUCCAACGUCUUGUCUGCCACCGGCUUUAAUGAUCCGGAGCUCAUUCAGGAUGCCUACCCUUGCAGUCCGCUCCAGGCUGGUCUGAUGGCUCUUUCUACCAAGAUCUCUGGCUCCUACAUUGCCCGUCACUGGCUCGAACUGCCUAGCAGCUUGAGCGUCAACCGGUUUAAGGAGCUUUGGGAGCUGAUCGUGAGCAACAACGAUGUUCUGCGGACGAUGAUGGUUGACACGGACGAUUAUGGCACUGUCCAAGUUGUGAACCGGGCCCGUGUGCAGUGGAACCACGAUGUCGAUCUGGAGAACUAUCUCCAGAAUGAUGAGAAGCAGCCAAUGCUGAUGGGUGACCCUCUCACCCGUUACGCGAUCAUCUCCGGUGAGCAGACAUACUUUGUCCUCACGAUUCACCACGCCAUCUACGACGGACUGUCUCUGGAAAUCAUAUGGAACGACCUGGUACAAGCCAUCCAGGGUACUGUUCCACCGCUCCGCCCUCAAUUCCGUAACUUCGUCCAGCAUGUCGAGGAGAUGAAUGCCAACAAGGAGACAAAGGAGUACUGGCGUAAUGAGCUUUCAGAUGGAGACCUCAUCCCCUUCCCUACUCUCCCCUCUGCCACUUAUCAGCCCGUGGCCAAUGACGCCUACAUCCACACUCUCCAAUUGAACCGCAACGGUCCGUCCGACUACACCACGGCGACUCUGAUACGGGCUGCUUGGGCUCUGCUGCAGGCUCGGUAUUGCGAUUCUCCCGACACCGUGUUUGGAUGUACCGUCAGUGGCAGAAAUGCCUCUGUGCCUGGAGUUGAGGAUAUGGUCGGACCAGUCAUUGCCACGGUACCUGUCAAGGCCCAUGUCGAUGGUCAGCAGUCUGUUGCCGACUACUUGAAUAUGAUCAACACCCAGUCUGUCGACAUGACCAAGACCCAGAACUACGGUCUCCAGAACAUUGCUCGUGUCAGUGACACAGCUGCAGCGGCUUGCGGCUUCCAGACCUUGCUGGUUAUCCAGCCUGCUACCUCUGUCCCCGAGGACAGUGUCCUCCCGCCGUUCUCUGCUCCUCGGGCCAAGUUCAGCACCGUUGCGCUUACCUUGGAGUGCAGUCUCUCCGCUGAUGGAGGAGUGCUUAUUCACGUGUACUUCGACAAUGCCAUUCUUCCUCAAGCACAGAUUGUGCGGAUCGUGAACCAAUUCGAGCACGUCCUGCAACAGCUGGCAGUGACGCCGACUGGCAAAAUCUCAGAGCUUGAGAUGAUUAGCCCUCAAGACAAAGACGACAUUCUCGGCUGGAACCGCACAAUCCCCGAUGUCAUCGACGACUGUGUUCACAACCUGAUCGCGAUGAACACUAUCAAGACGCCUCAUGCUCCUGCCAUCUGCGCCUGGGAUGGUGAGCUCACCUACGCUGAGCUGGAGAGCAUCUCGUCCAAGCUGGCAGCUCACCUUGUUAACUUGGGUGUUGGUCCUGAAGUCUUCGUCCCGCUUUGCUUCGAGAAGUCCAUGUGGACUAUCGUUGCGAUGAUUGCGACCAUGAAGGCUGGGGGUGCUUUCGUUCCCAUGGACGCAUCGCAGCCGACCAGCCGAAUGAAGCUGGUUGUCAAGGAGGUCGGUGCUCACCUCAUGCUGUGCUCAGAGAAUGAGCUUGGUCGUUGCCCUGGUUUAGUGGAGAAGGCGAUCGCCGUCGGCCCUGGUAUGACGCAGGCCGCGACUCCAAAGACCAUGCCCACUCCUGUGAAGUCCACGAACGCGGCAUACGUGAUUUUCACAUCUGGUAGUACCGGUACCCCCAAGGGGUCUGUGGUUGAGCACCGGGCGUUCUGCACCGGAGCUAUCUCCCACAAGGAAGGCUUACAAAUGGGCAGCCGUGUCCUUCAGUUUGCCUCGUACACAUUCGACGCCAGCAUUCUUGAGAUCCUGUCAACUCUUGUCCAGGGUGGAUGCGUCUGUGUUCCAUCGGAGUCCGAGCGUCGUGGUAACAUUUCCGAAGCCAUCACUCGCAUGAACGUGGACUGGGCUGUCCUGACCCCAUCCUUCGUCAACACCAUCGACCCUACGACUGUGCCCACCCUGAAGACGCUUGUUCUGGCGGGCGAGGCAAUGACUGCUGCCCAUGUUGCCGCAUGGACUCCUCAUGUGCAGCUGGUCAAUGGCUAUGGGCCUAGCGAAUGCUGUGUCUGCAGUUCUUCGAACCGCCGCGUCCUGCCUGGUACCCUCCCCAACGAUAUUGGUACCUCUGUUGGUGCCGCAUGCUGGGUUGCUGACCGGGUCGACCACAACAAGCUGUCGCCGAUUGGCUGCAUCGGUGAGUUGCUGGUUGAGGGGCACACUCUCGCACGCCACUACCUCAACAACCAGGAGAAGACCGAUGCUGCAUUUAUUCCCCGUCCGUCAUGGCUUCCCUGGACCCGGUGUGACCGGCUCUACAAGACCGGUGAUCUGGUGAAGUACGCACCGGACGGCUCCAUUCUGUUCAUCGGCAGAAAGGAUACGCAAGUCAAGAUUCGUGGUCAGCGUGUCGAGCUUGGAGAGAUCGAAUACCAUCUCUGCUUGCCUGCGGAGGUCACCCAGGCGGUUGUGGCGUACCCUAAGAAAGGACUGUACGCCAACAAGCUUACUGCCAUCCUCGAGCUGUCUGGGGCCACUGGAUCUGACAUGGUCCCAUUGUCGAAGGCCCGUAUCCAGAGGACUGGAUUCGACUUGGGCUCUCUAUCCCACUACUUGUCUGAGACCCUGCCUGUCCACAUGGUCCCGGUGAUCUGGAUCAUCGUCGAGAAGAUUCCUAGCUCCUCAUCCACGAAGAUCGACCGGAAGACCGUUGACAACUGGCUCGCAGCUUUGCCGUCUGACUUUGAGCCAACAAUGGGCAUCAAGCAAGAGGGUCCGGCAACGUCAACUCUCAGUGCGCAUGAGUCCAAGGCGAUGGCAAUCAGCAAGAAGAUUGCCGCCCUGAUCAACCGAGAUGACACGCCCAUAGAAGGACGCGACUUCAAUAUCUCUUCGAUGGGCAUCGAUUCCGUCCAGGUUAUCAGCUUAGCCAGUUUCAUCAAGCAGAACUUCGGGGUCAAGGUCGAUGUGUCGCGCAUCCUGGACGGACAUAUGACCGUCCGAUCCCUGGCUAGCUUCAUCGACGCGGAGCUCAACGGCACCAAGAAAGAGGAAGUUCCCACGUUCGACGUCAUGAAAGAGGCCUCCUCCAUCCUGAAGAACAUCAUCAAAAACAGCGCUGUGAGGAAGACUGUCUUUGUCACUGGUGUUACUGGCUUCCUCGGCACGCAGAUUCUUCGUCAGCUAUGCGAGCGGUCUGAUGUGGGUCGUGUAAUCGCCCAUGUCAGAGCUUCUACUCCCUCGGAAGCCUUCAUGAGAGUUAAGGAUGCCGCUAUUCGUGCGCAAUGGUGGACCGACUACUACCUCGGCAAGCUGGAUGUCUGGGCUGGAAACCUGGCCAAGCCGCAACUCGGCCUGAAGCCCAGGCAAUGGGCCAGCCUCACUGGGGAGAGCCCGAAUGACGGGCUUGUGCACGCCAUCAUCCACGCCGGAGCGGCUGUCAACUGGAACGCGGGAACGAACAUCCUCCGGGCUGCCAACGUGGACUCCACAGCAGAGCUGAUCAAGGCCUCUGUGACCUCGCCUGCCCGCCCUCGUCUUAUCUACGUUUCUGGUGGACACAAGUGGUCUCUGGAUGAGACCGAUCAAGAUAUCGCUCGGGAGGUCUCCCAGGCGAACGGAUACGCCCAGACCAAGUAUCUCUCUGAACUGCUCGUGAAGCAAUUUGCGGCGCGCUACCCGAAUCAAUUCGCCAUCAUCAAGCCGGGGUUGAUUCUGGGCACUCCUGAAGAGGGCGUUGCCAACACGGAUGACUUUGUGUGGCGCCUUGCCUCGGCGGUCGUCGACGCCCGCUGCUUCAGUCAGGACCACGGCGACGGCUGGAUGUUCGUGACCAGCAGCACCCGUGUUGCCGAAGAAACGAUCAAUCAGGCCUUCUGUCCCGCUCACGCAAUGAAGACGGUGACGUACAUGACCGAUGGUAUUACCGAGCGCGAAUUCUGGGAGGUCUUCUCGCGCGAGCUGAAAUACCCCAUCAGGCCCGUCAGUCACUCUGCCUGGAUGCAGACGAUGCACAGCUCCAUCCAGAAGGAGACGAACUCUCACCCACUCUGGCCGGUGUCACAAGUUUUCGAUGCCGUCCAGGGCCAUCUGGGCGUUGACUCUCUCGAGGACACGAGCAUCGUGACACCGUCGCAGAAGCAGCACGUCAAGGCCACGAUCCGGCGCAACGUGCAAUUCCUGGUCGAGGCUGGCUUCAUUGCCAGCCCGACGGGAAAGAAGAUGCAGUAUAUGGCCGAAAAGGUCUUCCAACGAUCUGGUAAUGUGUGGGAGAAUGUCAAGGGAAUGGUUAAUGCGCUGUAA